AAAAAAAAAACCUAAAUAUGUUUAGAAGUACAAAUUAACUUUCUUCUGUUGAUUCUUGGCUUGUUUCUUUAAAUUGAAAUCGCGGAGUGGUGUGGGUCUCCUCCAUACCUGCCAACAUUUGAGUAGUAAACUCCAGGAGAUUUUUGCUUGGGGGAGAGAUAAGUAAACAAAUUAUUAUUUGGCUUAUUUGGUAUUUAUCUUAUUCACAAGUGCUUAUCUUACUUGUUUUUUUUGUGUUUUUGUUUUUGUUCAAUAAUUAGUCAGUAAACUCGGCAUUAUCUGACCCAGGCUGGAAAAUUUGCACUUUUAUUAACAGUUAAAAACAUUUCAGUGUGUUUCACCUUCUGUCAAACUAACGGAGCGGCGGCGGCUUCCGGUCUAAGCUUUCAAAAUAAAACCUUUGUUAUUAUGCGCUUCUCUUUAUUAUUAACAAAGUUGGGGCUUGUAAAAUUACGAAACAGUCCCGGGAGAAAAUACAAAACGGGAGAGCGGCGGGAGAUGGCUCUAAAAUGUGUUUUAAACAAAUAUGUCAGGGAAAAUGUGUGAUUAUUACUGGAAGUAUACUGAGUAUUUUAUUUUCUAAACUGCACUUACCGAGUUGUAUUGGGUGGUACUUCCUCUUUGCGCUGUGACUUUUCCCAGAAGGGUACGCAUUUCUGCUGCUCUCCAUAUUUUCAUUGUUUUUGUUGUAAAAGUGAAUGCACGUUACUUAAAAUACUUCUAAAGCUGGUGUAAUCAGUGUUAACUUGUAGAACUGUUGUGUUAUUUCUUUUCAUGCAUAAACUUGCUAAUUAGAGGAGAAGUUGGUGCUGCCUGUGUGUGCUGCAGGGCUGCCACGUAGCUUGUCACGAUAGAGCAGUGGUGUCAAAUUCAUUUUUAUUCAAGGGCCACAUACAGACCAAUUUGAUAAUGGAGGGAAGGAAGGAAAAAAAAAAGGUAAGGAAGAUAAGACAGACAGAAGGAAGUUGGGAAGGAAGGACAGACGGAAGGAAGGGUGGAAGGACAGAUGGAGGGAAUGAAGAAAGGAAAGAAGGGAGGAAGAACAGAUGGAAGGGAGGAAGGACAGAUGGAGGGAAGGAAGGAUAGAAGGAAGAAAGGGAGGAAGGACAGAUGGAAGGAAGAAAGAAAGGUAGGAAGGAAAAGAAUACAGGAAGGAAAGUGGGGCGGAUUAGACCCCUCGGCGGGACGAUUCUGGCCCGCGGGCCGCAUGUUUGACACCCCUGCGCUAGUGUACUGUUGAGAGGUUGUUGACAGGAGACAUGUAGUGACUUUCCUCAUGGUGUUACAUAGCACAGAGAGCAUGUAUGAGAGAACCUGUGAAUGUUUCUUCUCCAUAAUGCAGGGGAAUAAAUCGUGUUAGGGCCAUUCAGGAGUGUCUUUGCCUAUAAAACAACGCAGAAUUAGACCCACUACUAAAGUGUGUAUUAAUUAUAUUCAUAAUGGACGUAUGUAUGUGUGUGUGAGUGACCGGAAGGGCAGAAGGAGGAAGGGGAGGAGGUGCCAAGAGGUGACCGUGAAACUGAUAAACACUGCAUAUAUACAGCGGCUUGCACACAGAGGCAGUCACUUCAUUUCCUUUGCCACUGCAAGGCUAUUUGCCAGCUAAUCAGCCUCCAGUCAGACGAAAGGACGACCUCUCCAGCUCAGUGACCAGACAUGGCUCCAUGGGGUGAUGGAAAGCUCCUCUUCUGCGUCCUCUUCCUCACCUGCUGCAUAGGUGAGUUUUCUCAUGCAGGCAUCUUUCCAGAGACUUCGGCGCACAUGCCCACGGACUGCUGCGUGAGUACAGGCAGGCCUACAAUUGUAAAACAAUCAGUUGUAGACUACCGUCGACUGUUCAAAGGACAGGGCUGCCCUAUUGAUGCAGUGAUGUUUGUGACCAGAAAUGGGAAGAAACUCUGUUCAGUCACAGACUUGCCGGGGCUCAGUGAUGUGAUGAAACAUGUGGAUAACUUGAAGAAACGGUGCAAGGAUGGCACAUAUAAGCCCAGACGCUGCUUUGGAGUGAAUCGUGUGUAAACUGAGAAUGUGACCUCUGACCUCACAGCAUUGCCGCAGAGAGUCGACGAAAAGGUGUAUCCAACUAAUUACCAAACAAAUAAUACUAAUCUCUUGUUUCACACAAAAGCUAUUUUGGUAUUUCUCCUGUCUGUCCUGUAUUUCAUUGUAUAGAUAUGGUGUAGUACAUUUAGUACAUUAUGUUCAUUUAGUACAUUUACUUCAUUUGUGAUAACUAUAAAGCACUUUGAAGGAUUUUAAAAUAUAUUUUCUGUGGUGUCUCUGUUUUCAAUGACUGUAGAAGAAAUAUUUUACCUAAAUGUUUGUUUCUGGUCUUUUUUCUUAAUGGGACCUCAUGGUGCAUAUCUUGCUAUCCUGAAAUCCUGAUAAAUAAAAUACUGCAUUAAUA